GACAGAGCUCUGCUCCAUUUAUAGACUGACAGCUCAACGAUAGAGAAGAAAUGGUCUAUAUUCACAUCUGGAUCUUAAUAUUCAUCUUCCUUCCAGAAAGUAAGUUCACAUUCUGUAUUUGAUAUGUUGGAUAUAGUGUCUCUCCAUUAGGUCACAGGACAUUAUCAAUGAUUAUUUAAUUAACAUUAGUGGAUUAACUCCAAUGAGACUUUGAGAAAAAACUCUGGGCAGGCAGUGUGAGGCUUUAGCAACUGCAUUUAUAACAUUUGGGGAACAAAACAUAUAUUCAGUAAUAAUUUCACUAAGAUUAGAAGCCACAGACUAAACCAACAAUGCACAAAGUGACCCAAUGAAUGUCUCAUAACAGCUUUAAACCCACAACCAAAUUAUAACAUAGUUACGUAGAAACUAAAAACUAAAGUCCAUCAGGUUUAACAUUGAGAACGCAGAGAAAUCACUUGUGACAUGGAACCCAGACUUACAUACAUGUAUCUGCUCUCCCUGAUUGUCAUGCUGGGAUAAAGGCUAAGGACACACUACCAGCUAUGCAGUUUUGGAUUUAGCCAGGGAAGAUCCCUCCUCAAUCUUUAAUGUUUUACCCAAACUCACUGUGAGCUGAUAAGGGUUCUAGUAAUCAGAAGCAAUGGUUACUAAUGCUACCGAACCUGUGUAUAAAUUCCAGUUGGAGGAUAUUACCAUCAAUAGAAUAUACACUGCUACUGUCUUACCUUAUGAUAUAUUCUUUUUUUCUCACUGGUUUAACCCUAUUGAAACAUGCGCCAUGUUUAACUCCUGUACGCUUUUCUCUUAGUAUUUGCAAAAACUUAAAGAAAAAAAAAAAUACGCUCUCAUUUUUUAAUUCUUUGAUGUUUUCAUGUGGAUUGAUUAGUAUUUGCAGAUAAAACCAUGUACUUAUAAGAUAUCCAACUAUUUAAAUCAAACUGUUACUUUGUUUCCUAGGUAUAUUGUGUGUAGGGUGUGUAAAGUCAUGUGGAGAUAAGAGGACAGUUAUUGGCGCUGUGGGAGAAGAUGCCGUUCUUCCUGUGAAUAAGACUAGGAUUAAAGACGGAAGUUGGGUGACUGUUAAUGGUGGGAUCCAUUUUGCUACAACAAAACCAGGAGGAGAUAUAGACAUUCGAGAUAACCGAUAUGAAGGCAGACUGUAUGGAACGGCUGAUGGGUCUUUACACUUUACUAAACUAACCAGAGAAGACCAGGGAGAAUACAGAGCGACAAUACGCACAGACACAGGAAACAAACCGUGUGACCAACAGUACGAUCUCCGAGUGUUCAGUAAGUGUCCGUGA